AACCGGACCAGCAGCCACAAGGCGGAAUAAAGACGCCGGACGACUUCUCAAAACCUGAAACACUAACUUCUGAUCGUGUGCUCGAGCAGCGCAGCGAUGCUUUUCCGCUCGAUCGUUGACAGAGGAGUUGGCAGACGAAGGCAGAACGCCGUCCCUGCAGAUCCUUGGCCCAGGCUCCCCCUGAGCUCUCUGCUUCAGGGCUUCAAGUGCGUCCGACAUGACGAACACAUCUCCUAUGGAAACCUGGGGGACUCCGUGCCCCCGUUCGGAUUAGCUUUCUCCUCUGCCGGGACGCAGCAGAACAUCCUCGCUGCAGCCAACGAGGAAGGCAUCGUGAGGAUCUACAACACGGAGAGCAGAGAGAAUCCACUUCUCAAAGAAUGGCUGGCUCAUGAGAACGCUGUCUUUGACAUUGCCUGGGUACCGGGGGAGCCUCAGCUAGUGACGGCUGCAGGAGAUCAGAUGGCCCGGCUGUGGGACGUGAAGUCAGGAGACAUGUUGGGCAGCUUCAAGGGUCACCUCUGCAGCCUCAAGUCUGUUGCAUUCGCACCUCAGGAGAAAUCUGUGUUCUGCACUGGAGCCAGAGAUGGAAAUAUUAUGGUCUGGGACACGAGGUGCAGCAAAAAAGAUGGUUUCUACAGACAGGUGAAACAGAUCAGUGGCGCUCACAACAAAGCAGAGACCAACACCCCCUUGAAAAUAAAGAAGAGACGUAGCAGCACUCGGGGCAUGGCUCCCAGUGUGGACACCCAGCAGAGUGUCACAGUGGUUUUGUUUCGGGAUCAGCACACGCUCAUUUCCUCCGGGGCCGUCGAUGGAGUGAUCAAGCAAUGGGAUCUGAGAAAGAACUACACGGCUCACCGUCAGGAUCCGACUCCACUGCAGACGUACCCGUACCCGGGUUCCUGCAUGCGCAUGCGGCUCGGUUAUUCCGGACUUGUUCUGGACUCCACAGGAUCCAAUGUGAUGUGUAACUGCACUGAUGACAAUAUCUACAUGUUCAACCUCAGUGGAAUAAAGACAAAUCCAGUGGCUGUUUUCAGUGGCCACCAGAAUUCCUCAUUUUAUAUCAAGUCCACUAUCAGCCCAGACGACCAGUUCUUGGCCAGUGGCUCAAGUGACAAUCACACGUACAUCUGGAAGAUUUCUGAGCCUGAACUUCCUCCCAUGACCCUUCAAGGCCACAGUGAGGAAGUGACCUCAGUCGUGUGGUGUCCCACAGAUUUCACUAAGAUUGCUUCCUGUUCGGACGACCACACUGUCCGGAUCUGGAGGCUUCACCGGGAAACAGAGGAGGUGCAGUCUUCAGCGGGAGAAGCAAACCUCGUGGGCUGGGCGCGUCGGAAAAAUCCAACAAGGCCGUCAGUCAGAGCUGAGACGACUCCCGCCAAAAGCCAGAGGACAGAGAGUCGUCCAGGCCUCGUGUCGCCCCGGCUUGCUGCCUGUGCUCUGAGUGGAGCCGCCCUGCCUCUGUCCUCCAGCACCACUUCACCUGUCCAGACUCCGGAUCCAAAGGCUGCUGCUGCUCGCCAGAGAACGCCAUCCUCUAUCAAACAGUGGUUAUCUCCGAGCCGCGGGUCUCCCGGUCAGGCCACCCCUCCUCUCCGCAGGGCUCUGACCCCGUGUCCCCAGAGUCCGGCGAGCAGCACCUCUCCCAUCGAGCGACGGGCCAAACGGCGGCUGGAGACCAUUGCGUCGGCCGGCUGUGAGGGCGCGGAACAAUGCGACUGUGUUACUGAACUUUACCCUGCGCCCAAGAGAGGCCGGACCCUGGCUGGUAUCUGCUGCCCUGCUCAAGAGAGCAGGUCACAAACAGACUGUCCCGCAGAGGACAAGCAAAGCUCAUCGAGACAGAGUGGCAAAGAGAAUUACUCUCCCAGAGGAAUGGACUGGCUGUCUGCGAUGGCACAAAAGAUGAGGAAAGGUCAAGGAAGCCCGAGUAGUCCCAGAAGUCCCAGUGCCUCGAAGAAACAGGAAGGGAAAACACCAGCUUCACCGACGAGUCGCUCGCCGCAAAGCAUGAAGAAGAUCUCCACGUACUUCCGGAGACCGACUCUGGAGUGACCUGCCAGAGCCGCUCACAUAUUCUGUGCCUCUGUUUGAAUGCAAUGUUUUUAUUUUUGAGUAUAUCUUUUAUAUGUGAUGGUAAAGCCUCUGAGAACACAUGACUUAAUUCAGCACAUGAACCCGACGGAAACCGAACCUUUGAUUCAGGAGUUUUCACAUCCACAGAGGCGUUGUUUUUUUGUUUUUUUUAGGUAUUUGCAUUUGCCUCCUACACACAUUUUCUGGUGCUGUGCUGAGAGCCUCUGGUUUGAAAUCAGGUAGCAUUUCCGAGUAAAUCUUUCACUUUACUCAAACCUGAAAACUAAGAGAUGAUGCACCAUUUAAUACACAACUCCACGUUUCAUCAAGGUGUUCAGGAGGUUAACAAGGUAUUAAUCUUCAAGCUGAGAGUUGUCCAAGUGUAGAUAUUUUAAAUUCUGCUAAAAAAGUAUAAAGAUUUUGCUUGACAGCCUUGAGCCCUUUUAUGAACUUCAGAGUGUAAGCUGGUCACAGAUCAGCUCUGUGACAGCCUGUCAUUUAUAUUUUCAGCUCUGGAUUUUGUCACGUCAGUGUUGCGCAUAUACAAAUCGGUUGAUUUGUUGUUUAUAUGUACAAAAUAACCAAUGAUUGUUGCAUGGUCCGUUUGUAUUUAAUUAACAUAAGCUUGCUGUGAUCUGACCUUUAUUAAAUGGAAGUCAGUUUCCAUGGUGUUUUUUCUGAUUUAUUUGAACGCUUUGACCCCUACAGCGAAAUUUAUUCAGUAUUUAAAAUAGAAGACAUUAGAUGAAGAAAAUCUGCAGUUGAGUUGAAAUGUCUCUGAUUUUCUGUGCUGUCAAGCAGCUCACAACCUCUGACUAGCAUAAUGAAUAUGUUUCUACUUAUAUCUGCUUAAAGUUAGAAUAUAUAUAUAAACAUCCCCUGUCCCAGAACUUGAAUAAUUUUUUUACCUACAAUCGAGGUUACAUGAGACAUGCAUGAUUGGAAUUAUAUCUGAUAUUGACCGGCUGAUUGGGAGACAAUGCUUGGGUUCACUUAGAUGCAGGAUAACAUCCCUGAGGGAAGAGCCAGCCCUCCCUGUGAGCCACCAGGGGGCCCCCAAAAACAAACCUCAUUCACCAAAUGAGGCUUUGCUACUGCUCUCUUAUUUAUGUGGAGACAAUUGUGAAUAAUAUUUGUUUGAUCCCAAACUAGCAACAAUGAUAUUUACAUUUGUAAUGCAGCUUGUAGUUCUCAGGCAGGGCCCCCUCCCUCAGUGAGUGAACAUUUUCAGGUUGAACUGUGAAAAUGAUUGUCAAUAAAUGUAAUUUUUACCAGAUGCAGAACGUCUAGCAACAAAAGCUUCAAUGGGGUGUGUGUGAUGCUGGCCCUCUUCUGUGAUAAUCCACAUUCCCUGUGUGUGCA